AUGUACGAGAAACGCAAGGCGGCUGCUCUGGAGCUUGAGAAGCAAAUUCGGGAAUGCCAUCAGCAAGGCGACCACCGCCGCAUUAGCCAAAUAGUUGACCAGCUCGUGGAUAUGUUCAGCAACCCGUCCAACCCGUUGCACGUACGGAACGGAGGACUCAUCGGUCUGGCUGGAACUGCUAUUGCUCUUGGAGUAGACAUUGCACCAUAUAUGGAGAAAUUCGUGGACUCGUUGCUGAUCUGCUUCACGGACCCGGAGAACAGAGUGCGGUACUUCUCUGCUGAAUGUCUAUACAACAUCGCAAAAGUCUCGAAGGGGGAGAUAUUGGUAUAUUUCAACCCAAUAUUUGAUGCCCUGAGUAAGCUUGCAGCAGAUUCCGAGCUUUCUGUCAAGAACGGUGCUGAGUUGCUGGAUCGCCUUUUGAAAGAUAUCGUUGCUGAGACUGCUUCCGUCUACAUACCUCAUUAUCCUGAGACAGAGAAGAUUCGCCGUAGAGUUGAAGAAGCGCAUGGAUACAGUAUAUUAGUGCCCCAUCCUGAUGAUCUGGCUAACGGCGAAGAUAUUCAGGGAGCACGCAAGGCAUUCUCUCUGGCUCACUUCAUCCCCCUGCUGUCUGAAAGGAUAUAUGUCUUGAGCCCCUUCACCAGAAGCUAUCUUGUAUCGUGGAUCACCGUCCUCGACUCCGUUCCGGAGUUAGAGCUUAUUACCUAUCUACCCGAGUUUCUUGACGGUCUUCUCAAGUAUCUAUCCGACCCGUCGGAGGACGUUCGUGUGCCGACGGAAAACCUACUUGCCGAUUUUCUGCACGAGAUCCGUGAUGUGACUGCUGUUCAGCGACGCAGUGAAGAGCAAAUCAAAGCAAGACGGGAAGCCGCGGCGGAACACGCUCGGCGGGCUGAAGCAGAAAAAGAGAAGUUAUCUGAAAGUGCUACUGCAAAGACGGAUCGAGGGGUAUUCUCAUCGGAUAAUGAGAAUGUCUUCGACGAUACCUCGCUAUCGUCUCCUGACGAGAAACAUCCCGAACUUGAAGGGCAUGAUGUUGGAUACUGGGUUCCGGGACAAGGGGUUAAAAUAGACUAUUCAGCAAUAGUAGAAAUUAUGAUCCAACAGCUCGAUGACCAACAUGAAGUCAUUCAACAAUGCACUGCCCUCCGAUGGCUCUCUGAAUUUCUAGAAAUUGUGCAAGAAGUCAUGUUCCCAUUUACCCCUCGUCUAAUUUUCGCCAUUCUACCAAACCUUUCACAUCCUGUGCCCAUGUUUCAGACAGCUGCUAUUCGUACGAACAGACUAUUAAUGAAAGUUAUCCAAAGCUUGCCUCCGCCUCCCGACGUACAAACUCGGCAAGGAACAGAUAAAUCAUCAUCGUAUAUGAUCCCUGGCUCUCCUCCUGUCCCUCCAUCACUGGCACCAUCUAGACAGUCCACCGCUGUGAAGGAUCCUAUAGUAGGACGAGAUCUCAGCUCUCCAGAGUCUCCGCCAGAACCAGUUGUCGUCAUUUCUGACCGUGCUUCGACGACAUCAGCUCAGCGACCACUCAGAUCUGAAUCUGUUAAAGUUACCACGGGUAGUCUGUCGGUGGAUACGGUCAAUGCUCAACCUCAUGGCAGUCGACCCGGAUCACCGACUUCAGCCGUCAGUGGAAUUCAGUUACAACAAUCGCCUGAUGCAUCAAUCCUCCAGGAGAAGCCGGAGCAAUUUGACUAUCAAGCUACCGUCAAUGCCCUUACGAUCCAGUUCCUGAGCGAACACGAGGACACUCGGGUAGCUGCAUUGAAGUGGCUCCUAAUGCUUCACCAGAAAGCACCGAAGAAGAUACUCGCUAUUGAUGAUGGCACGUUCCCGGCGCUGCUCAAGACGUUGUCUGACCCUUCAGAGGAGGUUAUAAAAAAUGACCUACAGCUCAUCGCCCAAAUAUCAUCUAGCUCGGAUGAGAGCUACUUCAAGGCAUUCAUGAUCAAUCUCUUGGAUCUUUUCAGCACAGACAGGGGUCUGUUGGAAGCACGAGGAAGUCUCAUUAUCCGGCAACUUUGCCUCAAUCUUAAUACUGAGCGAAUCUACCGAACGUUUGCUGAAAUUCUUGAAAAGGAAGAGGACCUUGAGUUCGCCAGUGGAAUGGUCCAGAAGCUCAACAUGAUUCUCAUAACAUCCCCAGAGCUAGCAGAUUUUCGUAGGAGACUCAAGAGUCUGGAGACACGUCAAGACGGCCAAGCGCUGUUUACGACACUCUAUAGAUCAUGGUGCCACAACCCCGUAGCUGUGUUCUCGCUAUGUCUGCUAGCCCAGGCAUACGAACAUGCGUCAAAUCUUCUGUAUAUAUUUGCUGAUCUCGAGAUCACCGUACAAUUACUCGUCCAAAUAGAUAAACUCGUUCAACUUAUUGAGUCGCCGGUUUUCACCUAUCUUCGAUUACAGCUUUUGGAGCCAGAGAAAUAUCCACACCUCUUCAAGUGUCUAUAUGGUCUUCUGAUGUUACUGCCUCAAAGCUCCGCAUUUGUCUCGCUUCGGAAUCGUUUGAAUGCAGUCAAUUCGGCAGGAUUUUUGCACAUAGCACCUAAAUCGUCCGUUGGAAAUAUUUCGUCGACACGGUCGAAACUGGGUCGCGAAGAGAUCAAGUGGCAGGAGUUACUCUCUCACUUCCGAUCUGUACAAGCUAGGCAUGAGAAGGCCCGACGGCAGGCAUUAGGAGCCGAUACCACGCCCUUUGCCGCGUUCUCUAGCGAUGAAAAAAUGAUGCCCCCGCCCAACCCACCGGCAUCUUCCACCCCAGCUGCGCAAUCGUCAACACGUCCCCCCGUUCGCCGGAAAGUUACAGGAGAGGCCCCCGUGCGGCCACCUUCUCGAACUGGAGGUGUUCUAUCUCCAUUGAAUCCCAAAGCUCGUGGGCAGACUGGGCUGUUGGCUUCUACACUGGCGCAUCCACCUACCAGUCCGCUUCCUGGUCAGACACAAGCGAAGGCACAGUCGCGGACGCUAAAUCUGAAUAGGAGGACAUAA